AGUUGUCAAAUGAAACCAAACGAAUCGUGUCAUACAGAAGAACUUCAUCACAUAGAUGACGAAAAAAAAAGUUCGUGCACAUAUGUUGGCGUUCGAAAUAUAUGUGUCAUGUGAGAGAGUGAGAACGACAUUUCAAAAGUCAACAAUCGAACGAAUGAAAAAAGACUUUACUUCCACAUCAUGUGCAUUCUCUCUCUAACACUCUCUCCAUCUUUCUGUGCCUCGCUCGCUCUUUGGCUUAUGGAACGCAAUUUUUGACAGAUCACUUGCUGCACGCACACAUACAUCCACCAAUAGAUAAUCAAAAUAUUAACUACACAUUGGGAAAUUGUUUGUAUUGACAAGCGGGACUAGCUAAAUGUGAAGAAAAACAACAACGAAAUGUGAGAGAAACACAUUACGGGACACCAGCAAAAAGAAAAAAAAUAAAUAAGAAGAAGAAGAAUCGAAAUAAAAACGAAUUAUAAUAAGUUCGGUGUAAAAGCAAACAGAAGAAGAAAAAAAAAUAGGCAAAAAACGAGAAAAGUAUUUGUUGUGGCUGCUGCUGUCGUCGAUUGGUGUGUUUUCAUUUGUUUUGUGGCCGAUGUAAUCGUAAUCGCCUCUUCGUAUUGGCAUUCUCGCCACACACACAGCCAGUCCCAUUUCAGUGAGUUUCGAUUGAUUCGAUGGUUUGAUUACAGAAGAGAAAAAAAAACAUAACAAUUCAUCACUAGACAUCGUUUUAUUUGCCCAAUUCCAUUGCAUUCAGUUGGCUGUUUCUGGAUUUGACGUUGAAUUAUUGACAAUUUUCUGGAGAAAAAAAAAGACUGCGUACUAAUUCCAUUGGUCAAACACAAUCCAAAACAUAUUCGUGCAUAUUUGCUGCAGAGAAAAACAAAACCAAUUUCCCUCUCUGUGUUUUUCCCUGUAUGUUGUGCAAUCGUGUGUGUGGAUCGUGUAACAUUGCGAUUUAACUCGAUAUCAUAGUUUUAUUUCAUAUCAAAAAGGUGAAUCGAAUUUUUCUUCUUUAUUUCGGUGUGUGCUUAGAGACAAUAGUGCGGUUUUUGUGGUGUGACAUUUCAAUGUAACAAAAGGAAAAAAAACCCACACAUUUGAGUGGCGCGCGCGAGAGUUAAACAUUUGGGCCUAUCUUUCAUGGUCAUGAAACCAUUUAUUUUGUAUUUCAAUUAGUGCAUUUGAUGUUAUUUCGGAUGCUGAUAAUAUGAAUUGCUGGCAUCAAAAACCGGAAUUACAACCAAAACAAAACAUUUGAACAGCAACCACAUUUUUAUUUUGGUGCAAAUCGUAGAAACGUAGCUCGACACGAUGCAGAAGUCGAUGAGUGGAAAAAUAAUAACUGAAAUCGAAGAGUGUGUACGGAACAAUGUAACGUGGCAAAAAUUGCCAAUACACUUGAAGCAGGUCCUGAAAAGUUCAGAGAAAGAUUACGAACGAUUGUUGUUCAAUUACAGUUUGAAAAAUCAGCUGCGAUUCAAGGGAAAUCUAGUGCGACAAGUAUUUCGUAAUGAGCAACGAUACUAUGAACUGCUGGUGGACAAAAGUGUUACGUGCUUGUGCCUAUUUCCAUAUCAUUUAGCCGAUAUCAUAACAAAGGGAUUGCGUGUUACACCAUUUAAUUACUACAUUGAUGUACUCUGCUACUUACUCAAAAAUGACCGAAGCUAUGACACUCUACCAAAUUUCACAGCCGCCGAUUGCCUUCGAGUUCUUGGCAUCGGACGAAAUGAAUACUUGGCGCUAAUCAGUGAAUUGAAAACAAAUUCCACGAAAUUAUUCCGGAAGCCGAAUCCAUUGAAUUUUUUGCCGAAAUUUCCCGUCCGCAUCAACAUUGAACCAUGGUGGAAAGUUGAAAUUGGAUACGUACUUGAGAGCGAUGUCAAAUAUAUAAAUGCGCCCGAAAUAAGUGUUAUCGAUGAUUUAAUUGAUUUUGGUUCGUUAACGGCUGGUAAAUUGGAUCAUGAGGUACUGCAAAGUCUUUAUCGAAAGGGCCUUAUCUAUUUGGAUGUACCGAUCAGCGGGUCGGAUCAAAUAUGCAUUCCACCGUUACGAAACUUUGUGAUGAAUCGUGUGAGUGGUGAUUAUUUCGAAAAUUUACUGUACCAAAUUUUCGUGUCAGCUGACGAGCACACAACCAUUGCCGAAUUGGCACAAAUGCUACAAAUCAAUUUGGACACCGUAAAGCAGGCGGUGUCACUGUUUUGUCGAUUAGGUUUUGCGCGCAAAAAAACUAACAUCGACAUACUAAAUCAGCAUCAAAGUUGGAAUGAUCGAACCAUUGACAAUAAUCGCGUCGAAGUGACACCGUUGAAUUUUCAUGCGUUGCUCGUCAACGAAACCAAUACCGGUCUAGUCAAUAGCAAUGGCGAAGCGGUGGCGGGCAGUGAAACGAUGGGCAACACAUCGUCACUGAACUCAUCACCCAAAUGCCAAUCAACCAGUAGCAAUCAAAUUCAAUCGAUCGUCAAUAAUGAUUCAACAUCAAGUCCAGCCUCAGCAAAGCAAACAUCACAAUCCGAAGGUGUUAGCAAUUCAAAUGAAUCGGAUGGUAAUAUUAGUGAUUUUUCAAUAAUAAGUCAAGUGCACGAUUCAAAUGGUAAAUCAACGAAGAAAAUGACGACAUCGGACAGUCCAAACGAUAGCGGUGAAUUGGAUGACAAUUUGAAUCAAUCGGAAAAAGCAUCGAUUUUAGCAUCACCAACAACACCAAAUGUCGUUCGACGUGGCGGCAACGGUAAACGGGUUCUAUUCUUGUUUGAUGCCACGUUAACUGCCUUUCUUAUGAUGGGAAACCUUUCGCCGGGCCUAAAAAAUCACGCCGUCACCAUGUUCGAGGUGGGUAAACUGUGCGACGAGAGUCUCGAUUCAUUUCUGGGCGAAUUGGAAAAGGUUUCACUUCUCGAUGCCGAGGGCGAAGGAGAAGUUUCUCGCUAUUUUGCACAUGCUGUGAUUUUGCGCUCAACGAUUAUCGCUUUGCGAAAUGUUCUUGAGGCUGGAAUUGAUUUGUUGCGACUCGAGUGCUUGGAAAGUUUGGACCACAAAACGCGUGAUCGACUUCUUGACAAGAAGUACAAAUUCAUUAUAUCAGCGGCGCCGUUGACAAGCAUGAUUACAAAUAUAUUUGCCAUUCCAUUUUUUGGACAAUUUUUCAAAAGUUCCGACAAUUCGCAUAUUUGGUCGAAACUAUUUUAUUAUCACAUGUCUGGCUAUGGUCCACCAAGCCUACUACUUACAAAAGGUACUGUGCUGAAAUCGUUGCCAAAAUUCUUUUUGGGCUAUGGAAAGCUACUAGUCACAAUUGUUCAUACCGAUUCAUAUGUAAUAAAUUCGGAGAAUUUCAAGAAUCUAAACGAUCAACUGAAAAAUGGAUGCGUUUUAGUCCAAGGUUAUGGCAUUCGAAAUCCAGCUACCGUGCAUUAUGAGGCGUUCCCAUUUAGCUAUUCAGAUCCGACCAAACAAAAGUGGAUGAAUCACAAGGGUGUGCAAAAGCUUGAGGAGGUGUUGAAUUUGAAAGAGACUUGUGGUUACAUUACAUUUGUGAAUACCGGCGUGCCCGAUAUCGGGUGUGAACAGUACGAUAUGAAUGUACAUUUAGUGAAACCAAAACGAUCGAGCACAAAGGCUCGACGCUCUUCACAAACACCAGCCGUUGUACAGCUACCAAAUACCGAUUACAUUCCAAAUCCAGCGGCAAAGAAUCUAGCUGAGCUAGCAUCACCGAUGGAUGGUUCCGAGAUCACAAGCUUUAAUAUUGCCAAAAAUUUGCCGAAUCUAUCAUUAAAAUCGCCGGACGAGAAUCACUUUGCCAUUACACCGCAGAAUCAGCCGCCGGCCAAUGUCUAUCGAAGCGAUGAUUGCAACGAAAUACUUGCCAAAGAGUUGGAACAACUGAACGAACCUAAAACCGGCGAUCGGUCACCGGACGAUAGUGAACGUUGCCAUUUGGUUUCACAAUCGUCCAUCGAAAUUGAGAUUUGUGACACGGACAAAAACGAUGAUUUAAACUCGAUUCAAGAGGAACCCGAAUCCAUUGGAGAGGAAUGGACAAUUUUGGAUGUUCAUUUCGGUGUUCCUCUGUUCGACAUCGAUUGCAAUACGAGAAUUUGCGAAAAUUUAGUCAAAAACUUAUGCGAUGAUCGAAUAUUGGAGAAAUUGCCUGCCAUCAAUGAUGUGAUGAACAAAAAAUUCUUGAAAUUCGUGUCACAAUGUCUGCACUUCGAAAAUGAGAAUAUGGAACAAGUGAAAUUCGGCAAACUUUUGCCACCACCUCGGAUCAAUUUGUGCUUUGAAAAUGGCAAAGUUUGCUAUUGGAAAUGAAAACAAUGUUUUGUUUUUUUUACUAAAUUAUUCGAUUAAAAUAGUGCUCAAAGAAUUUUACAUUGUUAUUGAAUCUGAUUGGAAGAUGUUUGGUGGGAAUGAAUAACGCUAGAGGUGCAAGACCAAAGAAGACGAUGAACGGCAUUUAAAUGUCAAAAUUUAUUUAUUUUUUUGUUUCAUCGCAAUCCAUUCCAAAAAAAAAUAACGCAAAUAAUUUUAUUUUUUAUGAAGUUUAUUAAUUUUUUUUUUUUUCGUUUUUAUUUUGAAAUUGUGAUCGAAUUUUUGCGUUUGAAAAAAAGAAAGAAAGAAAUUCCAAUUUCAUUUGCAAAGUCUUCUUUUUCCUAAGCAAUUUUAUGGACAUUUAUUGAUUAAUGUAGACAAAACCACGUAUUUUAGACGAACUGACAUAAAUGAAACAUUUCCAGUGCGAUUGUUUGCUAUUGCCAAGCGCAUGUUUCAUUAUUACAGAGAAAGAGAGAAAUUAAGUUUGAAAAACAAAUGAAAAUACAGAAGACACAAAAUGUACACAAAUAUCAAACGAAUCAAAAUAAAUACGUUCAGAUGAAAUGUACUUAAAACAAA